AUGGAGGGGCUGUACGGACCGACGAGACCACUUGAAGUUCCCCCUGUACAGCCACGUGACUUGGUGGAGUCCAAAAGACUCUGCGAGGAGGUGGCGGCCGUGCCUGACACCAGAGUGAGUGAAGCAAUCCGCCUCAUUGAGUUUGCGGCUUACCGUCUGGUGGAACGUCUGACCACGGAUCCACAAGAGCGCUGGGUGCGAGCCCAUCCUUUUGGCUCCUGCGGACUGAACGCCUCUGUUGCAGAUAGUGAUCUUGAUAUGUAUGGUGAGUUCUUUCCUACCCCCCGCCCCUCUUUUCCACCCUCCGUGGCUUCCUCUCGCGCGCUGUAUUGGGUUCCACAUCACGCUACCCUUCCCUUGUAG